CCUCCCAUCCCUUCCUCUUCUUCCUCCCCCUCCCCAAAGUUCUCUCUCUCUCAUAUUUUUCGUUCUUUUUUUGUAGCAACCCAUGCUUCUUUUGCUUUAUGCAUAUGUAGAUUCUUCACUAGGCUAGUUUUGGAUGAUCAAAGGGUUUCUACAAAGUUCUCAGAAUCAAUCCAACUUAAUGGGAGAGAAUCAAAAGCUGAGCAAGGGGAGAGGCUGGAGACUGAUGGAUCAGACCCGGCUAUCAUUAGGUCCACAUGCAUCGAUCUUAAGCCAGAAGACACACAGCUUAUCUUCAGAAUCAGAUGGAAAUGUUGGAAGGAAGAGAAAACAAAUUUGUCAUGAGGUUUCAAGCCCAACUAGCAUUGAGCUUCAGCUUAAUGAUCCCUUGCCACUUGAAUGGGAACAAUGCCUAGACCUACAAUCUGGAAGGAUGUACUAUUUGGACAGGAAAACCCUGAAGAAAAGUUGGAUCAGGCCCAAGGAACAUGAACUAGAUUUGGAUCUCAACAUCUCAUCCUUCUCAAGCUCAGAAGAGCAAUCCAACUUGACAAAUUCAGAUGAAGCAAAGAAGCAACCUAAUUCAUGUGGCAGCAUGGUCGCGGUAGUCUGCAUCAACUGUCAUCUCCUCGUCAUGCUCUGCGAGUCAUCUCCUUCAUGCCCCAACUGCAAGUUCAUGCACUCGCCACUACCAUCUGCAAUGCUGCAAGCGCCUCCUCGGAAGCUCAAGGCUGUCAAGCCAUUGGAAACCCUACAUCUCCUACAUUAGUUAGCAGACUGAUGAACGUAAAAAGAAGUAAUAAAGAAAAAGGUCAAUGUUCCUGAUGAUAAGAACAAGCACAAGAUUAAGUGUUUAUACUGGGACAGCGGUGGUUGCACCAGUUGAUAUUUCAAAUCAGUGAGAAAGAAAUGGUAAUUAGGUAGUGGUAUCUUCCAUUCAAGAGUAAGUCAUGCUAUAAAGCUGUCUGCGUCUGCACACUAAAUUGCACUUGAGAUGGUAGUUCGAGUGA